AACAGAAGUAUACAAAAAACAUGCAGCACUUUAAUUCUAAAAUGUUUCUAUUCAUACCCACAAUUACUCGGUCCUUCUUGUAGGGUCCUUUGUUUGUUUUGUUUCGUUUUGAGAAAGUAGAGGUUUACAAGCUAAAGCCUUUGUUCUCAAGUUUUCAUUUUUAGCAUCAGACAUUUUCCUUUCUUGGUGUGGAGUGACACGAGAUGAAGAAGGAAACAAGGUCUGAUUCCAACCCAUUGUUCGCGCAGAAGCACAACUAUAAUCAUCAUCAUCGUUUCUUCCUUAAGUUGGCACUGUCUUGUCUCUUGUUGGGUCUCACUGUUCGCCUCCUCUUCACCGAUUCCUUCAGUUUGUCAUCUGUUGUGCACAAUCCUCCCCCUCUUGCAAAUGCAAUAGCGAACUCAACCUUUCUAUCUUUUCCGCCUCCGCCGUCUUAUUCUGCUGAUUUUCCGGUAAACCAGACCCAAGCCUCUCCCCAAGAUGCAGUGGAGUGCGAUCUUUUUGUGGGAGAUUGGGUGCCGGACCUAAAUGGUCCAAGGUACACCAAUGAGAGCUGCAGUGUGAUUCAAGAUCAUCAGAACUGCAUGAAAAAUGGACGGCCUGAUUCGGGGUACCUUUAUUGGAGGUGGAACCCAAGGGGUUGUGAAUUACCCAAGUUCAGUCCAAGGAAAUUCCUUGACAUGAUGAGGGAUAAAUAUUUGGCCUUUAUUGGUGAUUCCAUCUCUCGCAACCAUGUGCAAUCUCUACUGUGCCUUCUCUCACAGGUGGAAGAAGCUGAUGCGGUGUACCAUGAUGAGGAAUAUAAAUCAAGGAUAUGGAAGUUCCCUUCCCACAACUUCACCCUCUCAACACUAUGGAGUCCAUUCCUUGUCAAAGCAGAUAUUUUCGAGGACAUCAAUGGAGUUUCCUCUUCAGAACCACAGCUCUAUCUUGACGUUGUGGACGACAAGUGGACCAGCCAAUACAAGAAUUUUGACUAUGUUGUAAUCGCAGGUGGCAAAUGGUUCCUCAAGACAGCAAUAUACCAUGAAAACAACACUGUAACAGGCUGCUACAAAUGCCAGGGAAAGAAUUUAACAGAUCAAGGGUUCCAACAUGCAUACAGCAAAGCAUUGCAGCAGGCUUUUGAUUUCAUGACACAUUCAGAGCACAAAGCGGUUGUGUUCUUCAGAACCACCACACCAGACCACUUUGAGUAUGGCGAGUGGUUCAAUGGAGGGUACUGCAAUAGGACACUGCCCUUCAAAGAGGACCAGAUAACUGUGAGGUAUGAGGAUUCCAUCUUGAGAAGCAUUGAACUUGAAGAGUUUGACAGGGCCAAGAAUGCAAGUCCCAACUUCAAACUUUUGGAUACCACUGGGCUUUCACUGUUGAGGCCCGAUGGCCAUCCAGGCCCAUACCGUUACUUUCAUCCUUUGCUCAAUUCUACGGUCCAGAAUGAUUGCCUGCAUUGGUGUCUCCCAGGCCCAAUUGAUUCCUGGAACGACAUACUUUUGCAAAUGCUCAUAAUCUGACCAUUUCUGUAAAUUCAUUACUUUCUCCCUGUGACUUCAAGGAUUACCCAAACAAUAGAAUUGAAGAUAAUCAAAUAACAUCUACAUUAUGUUCAUGGAUUGAAUUCAA